UGGGUUGUUACCCUAGUUACAGAGGUCAGGGAAGGGCCAGAUGGGUGAUCUGGGUUGUUACCCUAGUUACAGAGGUCAGGGAAGGGCCAUGAUCUAAUACACAGUCUCUCUCUCAUGUACACACACACUUUCAAAGACGCACACAUGGAGACAACAGGCCAAAACAGGUUGUCUGCCUAUGGUACACACUUCAUAAACACAUCUUUAGACUUCAAUAUUAAUACUGUCUGACUCUCCAACAUGGGUUGGUAGAUUGUUCCAGAGAUAGGGGACCCUAGUGACAGCUUGCUUAUGAGAACUAAAUCAAUGAUGGCCGAUUAGCUGGAAGAAUUGAGGAAAUGCAUCACAGGAAAUAGAAGAGAUAUGGAUUAUAGAAGCUGCAGUUUCCAUCCUCGGCCCUCAGUCCACUCCCCAGUCAGAAGUCUUCUACAGCCCAGUGGAGACCCAGUCUGAGAGAGAGAUGGUUCCUGUCCUGAUGCUGGUGGUCAUGUUCUGGAGCACAGGUCUCCAGGAUGAACUCACUGAUGAACCUCCAGGUUCUGAUGUGAGGUUGGAGGGAGGAGAUGGUCGCUGUGUUGGUAAAGUAGAGAUGAAACACCAGGGAGAGUGGAAGAGACUGGACAGGCGGUCUAUCUGGGACCUGAGAGCUGCAGCUGUAGUGUGCAGACAGCUGGACUGUGGCUCUGCUGUUUCAACAGCAAUAAUAUCUGAUAGAGGUGGUACAAAACUUCCAUGGAGGUUUAACUCUCGCUGUGAUGGGUCUGAGUCUGCACUGUGGGAGUGUGGAACAUUGGUGACAGGGCGUCAAGACUUACAAACCCUGGAGGUGACCUGCUCAGAGUCUGUGAGGCUUGUGGAGGGAGCUGGUCUGUGCUCUGGCAGAGUGGAGGUGAGGUCUGAUCAGUCGUGGGUCUCAGUGUGUGAAGCUGACUUUGACAGGCUGGAUGCAGAGGUGGUCUGUCGGGAGCUUGGCUGUGGGGCUCCUUCAGCCCUCCAGGGGGCGCUCUAUGGAGAAGGGAAAGGUCCACUCUGGGAUAAAGAGUUCCAGUGUGGAGGCACGGAGUCCAGUCUCCUGGACUGUGACACCUCAGACUCAGCUAGAAACACCUGCUCACCUGGCAAUGCUGUUGGACUCACCUGCUCAGGGCCAGAUGAUGUGAGGUUGGAGGGUGGGGCUCCUUCAGCCCUCCAGGGGGCGCUCUAUGGAGAAGGGAAAGGUCCACUCUGGGAUAAAGAGUUCCAGUGUGGAGGCAAUGAGUCCCGUCUCCUGGCCUGUGACACCUCAGACUCAGCUAGAAACACCUGCUCACCUGGCAAUGCUGUUGGACUCACCUGCUCAGGGCCAGAUGAUGUGAGGUUGGAGGGAGGAGAUGGUCGCUGUGUUGGCAGAGUGGAGAUGAAACACCAGGGACAGUGGAGGAGAGUGACCAGAGACUGGAACUGGAACUGGAACCCGACCCUGGACCCGAACCUAAAUGCUGCAGCUGUAGUGUGCAGACAGCUGGACUGUGGCUCUGCUGUUUCAACAGGAAUAAUUAGUAGUGAUGAACGACGUGAUAGAUGGGAGUUUAUAUCUCACUGUGUUGGGUCUGAGUCUGCACUGAGGGAGUGUGGAGCACUGGAGAGAAGGUAUUACAGUGUCUCCACCGUGGAGGUGAUCUGCUCAGAUAUCCUGUUCCAGCCCAGAAUCUCCCUGUCUUCCUCCAUGCUAGGGGUCUCCCAGGACCAGCAGCAGGGGCUGCAGGUGUUCAGGGACCACAGCUUCACCAUCACCUGCUCCAUCCAGCCACAGUACCCAGGAGGCUCCUCCCAACUCACCUUCACUGGCUCCAACACAACCCUGACACACACCCUCACAGCUGUCAAUCACUCUGCCAACUUCCUCUUUCCUGCUGCAGACCACGCCCACCAAGGAAACUACAGCUGUGUUUAUGAAGUCUACGUUUUCUCUCAUAACUUCACCUCUGAGAGUGAGCUCCUCUCUCUCACUGUAGCAGCCAAUCCUCUGGCAGCUUUCAUCAUCAGAGUGGUGGUGGUGCUGCUGACUCUGCUGACGUCCAACACUGCCCUCUAUCUGUACUUUAAGACCCCCAGGAAGCCUGCAGAGAGGGGGAGCAUAGAGCUGGUCUCCCUGCAUUCCAGUGCUGAAGCUGGGCCAGGAGAGGAGAGAGCAGCCCAGGGGAUGGAGCAGGAGGAGAGUGCUGUCUAGACGCUGAUCUGAGGUCAGACAUGGAGUCCCUGCCAAUGGAGACUGACAGCACUGGGAGAAGCUGGUCUGAUCCUGGAUCUGGGUCUUUGGACCAGUUCCACCAGGAUUACUUUAAUAUCGCCAACAUUAUAUCCAUCAUCGAGUGUUAAUCAGUGUUUUAUCUUUUAUUGUUGUUAUAUUAGCUGGAAUAACUGUUAAAGGUGACUUUUCUAUAGCACAUAUUUGUUUCAGCAUGGUUGCUUCAUUAAUGAUGUUUACUUGAAUAACUUAGUAUCUGUAAUAGGAGUAAUAUUGUGUUUUUGUCUGAUCCUGGAUCUGGGUCUUUGAUAUGAGGAUACCAGGAUUUCUUUAAUAUCGCCAACAUUAUAUCCAUCAUCGAGUAUUAAUCACCGUUUUAUCUUUUAUCUUUUUUAUAUUAUCUGGAAUAACUUUUAUAGCAUAUAUUUGUUUCAGCAUGGUUGCUUCAUUAAUAAUGUUUACUUGAAUAAAUUAGUAUCUAUGAUAGGAAUAGUAUUGUGUUUUUCUCUAGUUUUUUUGUACUUCAAUUUAAAUGUAUUUUGUAAACACACUUUGUAUACAUGUGAAUGAUAUUUUUCCAAUAUGUGAAAAUAAAAAAAAAGUUUUGGACAGAG